AUGUCGAUGAUUCUCUUGAAGUUUUCUCUGAGCCAGGGUGAUCUCAAUAAGAUGUUAUUGGCAGAAGUUAUUGAGUUCUGUCAAGAGAGAGGUCUACCUACAGAAGGAACUAAAUCAGAAUUGAUUAGUAACAUAAUGUUCUGGAAGCAAAACACAAGCCCUAUUCCAGCUCCUUCAACACCAAAAUUAAUAUGCUCAGUCCUACCAGAAAGCUUACCUCAGACGGUUCAAGAGGAACGACUAGAACUCAACUCACGAGAAUUUACAGCAUUGUUUUUGGAUGACAGCGCACCCGGGUUCGAUAUAGCAUACAAGGAUCUCACUAUAGGAGACAAGUUGGGUAGUGGGGGGUUCAAGGAUUGUUUCAAAGGCGUCUAUAAAGGGGAAGAUGUUGCUAUUGGUGAAUUAAGAUUGGCACAUUUUAGUGCAAUGGACUUGGCUGAAGUCAAACACGAAGUCAAUGUACUCAAACAACUUCGGCAUGAAAAUGUAAUCAAGUUUAUUGGAGUCUGUACAAAUCCACGCCACUUGUCUAUUAUAACCGAAAUAUGUGAAAAGGGUGAUCUAUUUGAUGUCAUUAGAAAAUACAAGAAACCUAGUUUUGCCCAGCAAGUAAUGUACAUGUAUGAUAUUGCACUUGGGGUUUCAUAUUUACAUACAAGAAGACCAUCCAUAAUUCACAGAGAUUUAAAAUCAAUGAACAUAUUGAUCUCAAAAGAUGACAGGGCAAAAGUUAAUGACUUUGGUUUGGCUCGUAUUCGUCCAAAAGCUGGAGCAGUUAUGCAUACUCAGUGUGGUACUCCAAACUGGCAAGCACCAGAGUUUUGGAGUAUAAAGCCUAGUUAUACAGAAAAAGUUGACGCAAACAUGUCUGAACAUGCACUAUAUGUCCAGGUUAAACAAUACGACAAACGGCCACCAGUUUCUAGACUCGUAUCUGUCUAUCCUCGAAAUCUAUUGAUCUUAGUGACAGAAAUGUGGGAAGGAAAUCCUAGUGUGAGACCUUCCAUGUCUCAUGUAGUCGAACGCCUUUCAACAUACUUGGCUUAA